GCCCGCCUCCACGGCAGUCCACACUGCAUGCACAGCCCCUCCGAGAAACUACGCUACUGCAGGCGCAGGCGCAGGUAACUUCAGCUAGGCAAGGAGAAAAUACGCACUAAACAUGGACAUGCUGCUCGCCGCGCUCCUUGUGGCGUGCGCUCUGGCCUCGUCCGGCACCGCGCAGCCGACGCCGCCAGGGAAGAGCUACGACUACACGGCCGGCGCCGGCUCGCAGCAGCCGCCCCAGCAGGACAUGGCCGUCAGCACGACGAUGAUCGCGCUGCUUGCCGGUGCCGUGGCGGUGUUCGUCUUCAUCGCGCUCUCCAUCAUCUACCUCCGCCACUGCACCGGCUACUACGACAACGCCUACACAGCCGACCGCUCCACGCUCCCCGGCGCCAUGGACGGGUCCACGUUCAUUUCCAGGCGGCAUCGGCAGCAUCGUGGGACGGCGUCGACGCGCGGGCUUGACAAGGAGGUGGUCGAGGCGUUCCCGACCAUGAAGUACGCGGAGGCCAAGGCGCUGCGCGUGGGGAAGACGCAGGCGCUGGAGUGCGCGGUGUGCCUGAGCGAGUUCGAGGACGAGGAGAAGCUCAGGCUGCUGCCCAGGUGCAGCCACGCGUUCCACCCGGACUGCAUCGGCGCGUGGCUCGCCAGCCACGUCACCUGCCCCGUCUGCCGCCGCAACCUCGACCCUUCCAAGGACCCCGGCAGCGACGACGAGCCGGGCUCAAUCCUUCCUUCUGCCCCGGCAGCAGCCGCAGAAUCGAAUCACAGUGAUCACAGCCACAGCAUCUCCAGCGAGAUAGCCGCCGUUGUUGUCGUAGGGCUACGGAACGAUGGUGACGUGGCGAUCGACGUGGCGGCCGAGCUGGAGGAUGAGGAGCGGAGGAAGGAGGCGCUGGAGCUGCAGCGGAUAGGGACCCAGCAGCGGCGCGCGAUGCGGUCCCGGUCGUCCAAUAAGAAGGCGCGGCUCGUCCGGUCCCACUCCACAGGCCACGACUCACUCGCUGCUGCUUCUGCUGCUGCUGGACGAGACGACAUGGAGCGGUUCACGCUGCGGCUGCCGGAGCACGUGCGCAGGGAGAUGAUGGCUACUGCCUCGUCGUGGGAUCAGCCGAGCAGCACACGCCGGGGACAAAAAUCCGGGGGAGGAGUUAGCGCUAGCAGCCGCCGCGGGGCCACGAAAUGGCCGUCCUUCUUCGCGUGCACUACCAGGACGUGGUCGGGAAGGCUGCCGGUCUUCUUGCCGAUUUCGAGGAGAGCGCCGGAGCAGAGCUAUGACGGGGGAGAGGUUUCGUCGACUUCGUCUUCGAGGAUCAGAGGGAAGCGCGUGGCCGCCGUCGAUGUCGUCGAUGGCGGCGGCUUUGCUGUGGGGGCUGCUGACCGCUUUGGCGGCGGCGAAGUCGGCUCUGUGGCGGUUGAUGUGGACUACAAGGCAACUAGCCGGCAGGUUCGAACGUAGAAAAAGGAACACGACUUUUUGAAGUUUUUAGAAAAUGGAAAGCGGUGUGUUGUUUCAGUUUCACACACAUGCAUGAAGGAAUUGGGUUUCUUUCUGUACUAGUACUAUUAAGUCCAAGAAAAUGACUGUAACCAGAUGCA